AUGCCGCUCAACCCGCACGCUACUCCGUUUGUCAUCAAGGGUUCAGGUGGUGGUGCAGCUGCCGAUGCUGGUCGGAAAGUUAGGGGCAAGACAUCCUCCUCCUCUCCUACUCCCAAGAUUUUCUGCGAUCUCGAUGGUUGCUUGGUUGAUUUCGAGAAAGGUUGCCAGGCGGUGAUGGGAGAGACCCCUGACAAGCUUCGCCCGAAGGCCAUGUGGGGAGGGCUCGCUCGAGCCAAGGGCUUCUAUGAGCACUUGGAUUGGAUGCCGGACGGACGAGAGUUGUGGGACGGCGUGGCUCACCUUCAACCAACUAUUCUUACGGGGCUACCGAUGGGAAACUGGGCGGAGCCACAGAAGCGAAACUGGUGCAAGCGAGAGCUUGGCGAACACGUACCUGUGAUCACUUGCAUGUCAAGGGACAAGCACACCCACUGCCGCCCCGGCAACAUCCUCAUCGAUGACAGAGAGUCGCUGAAGGCUGCCUGGCAGCGAGCUGGGGGUGUCUUCAUUCACCACACCGCUGCGACCUCGUCCUUGGAGAAGUUGAAGGCAAUCCUGCCAGCGGAGGAAGAGACUGCGAGUGGUGAUCAAGGAAACGCCAAGCGACAGAAGAACGGAUAG